AGGAGCGCGAGGGGGUUCGGGUGCAAAGUUUAGUUUCAAACCGUCUGCAAAGAGCGGCGGUGCUGCCGCCUGGAAUUAGAUCCCAGCGCGAGAGGUGUUGCGGAGGCAGCAGGAUAGCAAGCAGCGAAAGCAGCCGGAGCCGCCGGGCGAGAAGGAGCCGGAGCCUCCCCCCCACACACACACCGCGCCGUGGAGCCUCCUUGUCCUCGCCGCCUCUUGCCUCUUUCGCGGCCGCCGGUGAAGAGCGCUCCUCGCCAGGAUGGGCGUGGAGGCGCCGGGGGAGCCGCCGGCCUCGGGCCGCCGUCGUCGCGAGUGCCGGCGGGUGCGCCUGAUGUGCAUGCUGGCGCUGACCUUCCUGUUCUUCGUGGUGGAGGUGGUGGUGAGCCGGUUGACGGCCUCGCUGGCCAUGCUGUCCGACUCCUUCCACAUGCUGUCGGACGUGAUGGCGCUGGUGGUGGCCCUGGUGGCCGUGCGCUUCGCCCAGCGCACCCGCGCCACCAAGAAGAACACCUUCGGCUGGGUCCGGGCCGAGGUGAUGGGCGCCCUGGUCAACGCCGUCUUCCUCACCGCCCUCUGCUUCACCAUCCUCCUGGAGGCCAUCGAGCGCUUCACCGAGCCCCAUGAGAUCCAGCAGCCCUUGGUGGUCAUCGGCGUCGGAGCCGCGGGGCUGCUGGUCAACCUCCUGGGGCUCUGCCUCUUCCACCAGCACGGCGGCGGCGGCGGCCACGGGCACUCGCACGGCGGCGGAGGGAGCCGCCGGGGCAAGGCGGAGUCGGCGGCCGGAGACCUUCUCAAGGAGGAGACCAACACGCUGGUGGAGAAGUGCAGCAGCUCCAAUGGGCUCAGCUUGGAGAAGCUAGGUGAUAUGGCAAAAGACAGUCAAGUGGAACUUCACCCAAAUGGGAGUAUUAGUCAUCGCUCUUUAGAUAUGGAUUCUGAACUAGACCACAGUGCCCAGCUCAACAUGCGUGGAGUAUUUUUGCAUGUUCUUGGAGAUGCCUUGGGAUCAGUUAUUGUUGUGGUGAACGCCUUAGUAUUUUAUGCUUACUGGAGCCCAUGUCCCAAGGAUGAGCCUUGUGUUAACCCAUGUAUUCAUGAUCAUUGCUCAGAAAACAUUACUCAGAUUUCAAGCAGAAUGAAUAUGAAUGCAACUGAUUUAGAGAGCAUUCAUGUAGCUGGGCCCUGCUGGGUUCUAUAUUUGGAUCCCGCACUGUGUCUGAUAAUGGUUUGCAUUCUGCUUUAUACAACAUAUCCAUUGCUUAAAGAAUCAGCCCUUAUCCUUUUGCAAACUGUUCCCAAGCAAAUUGAUAUUCGCUCUUUAAAUGAGAAACUCCGUAAACUUGAUGGAGUUGAAGCUGUGCAUGAGUUGCAUGUUUGGCAACUGGCUGGAAGCAGGAUCAUUGGCACUGCUCAUAUAAAAUGUCAGGAUCCAGAAUCGUACAUGAAAGUAGCAAAGCAAAUUAAGGAGAUCUUUCAUGAUGAAGGGAUACAUGCAACAACUGUUCAGCCUGAAUUUCCUAUUGUCGGCUCUGAGAUAGGUGUAGGCAAAUGUGAACUUCCCUGCAGAACCCAGUGUGCUCUGAAGCAAUGUUGUGGGGCUGUAGAAAAACCUGCUCAGAAGAAGACAGACAAAUCUCCUGGUAUUAGUAUUUCUUGCUCUGAAAUAGUCAUUGACUCUCCACACCACAAAACCCGGAGGACUAAAUCUGAGUGUAUACCUUCUGUAAAGUUAGAGGCGGACUCUGACCCUAACAAACAAUUUGAAUCAUCUUUGUAAUGUACAAUAUUGUGUGGAUUGUAAUCUGGAUUCAACCACAGGUUGAUUGUGAGAAGUGAGACAAUUGUUGAAAAGACAAGUUGCAAAGUAAUGUAAUUGCUGAAGUCCCUGUUUUUGUCACAGUGCUUAAAUCUAGGCUGCCUGUUUGGAAGAACAUCAUGGUGCCGUCCUCAUAUAGUAUGUUCAUAUUCACUUUUAGAUGACUAGCACAAAAAUUCACCAAUGCUGCAAUGACUGGAGAACCAAUUUCAACAUUUCAGCCAAGAUGCAUUUUGUUGAGUUAACAUUAAAAUGCGUGUGCGUACACAUCAGUCCUAAAAAGUGGAAUUUGUGUUGGGCUGCUCAUUGGGUUGGACCUGUGGGUCUGUUCUACUAAUGGAGGCACACUUCUGUCCAAGUGGAGAAGGUGCCCUGGGUGAAAGUUCUGCCAUUAGCUGAAGAGGUCCAACCCAUAAUUUUUGUGUGUAUAUUUUACAAACCUUGAGGAGAAGAAACCAAAGG